AUGAAUUAUCUAUUUCUUUUAAAUAUUAUCAACUUAGUAAAUGUUGGUUCAACUAAUGUCUUAAAGAAGAUGUUUAAUAAUUCUACAAAUCAUCAUGAAUGCAUGCCUGAUGAUUUAAAGUUCUUUAAAUUAGGGGAAUUGUUAAUGAAGAUCUUAUUCAGUAAUAACUAUAUCAAAUAUUGGUUUUGUAGUAAUUCUCAAUUAGUUUUUUUAAAAAGAAAUGAAAUUGUCAUAAAAUUUAUCGAUAAAAACGAUGUGAAACUAAUUUAUAAUGAAUGCUUGAAUAAACCAUCUGAUAUUUUUAAUAUCAAAAUUAUUAAGAAGUUUAUUAAACCCAUAACUAUUAUAGAAACAUCUGAGAAACUUGAGUUGUUUAAUUUAAUAUUAAAAAACUUAUUUAGAAACUUUACCAAUCUUGUACCAAUUAUUCAUAAAUAUAGGAUUCAUAGAUAUAAUGAUGAAUUUUAUGAAAAAGCAGCGCUGGCAGUAAUUCUUGAAAAAUAUCCAAAAUUAUUUAGAGAUGAUAAAGAUUUUUUCGAAGGUUUGAUUAGUGUAAUUCGUGAUGAUGUUAAUUGUGAUGAUGUUUUUCCUGAUGUUUUUUUAAAAAAUAAUCUAACUAACUCUUUUUUACAACAAGAAAAAGAACAAUUUGAAGACAUUGAAAGUUUAAAAGGAUUUAUUGAAAAGUUAAAGAAAGAAUAUUUAUCUAUUAUAAAUAAAUCUAAAACUUUACCACCUACAAUAAACCGUAAAAAGAUUUUAAAUGAAGUUGAUAUACAAAGACUAAAUGAUAUUAUUCAGGAAUACUUUUCGAAUAAAACUAAGAAAAAAAGCGAAUCAAAUAUAACUUCUUAUGCAAGAUUUUCCGUUUUAAUCCAAGCUUUAUUUCAAAAUUAUACUCCAUUUUAUUAUCUAAUUAACCAAUUAAAUGUUAAUUAUGAUUAA